AUGUCGAGCCGCGUUGCAGAUUUGCCCGAUCGCCUCGAUAGAGCGAGCAAUUUUGGACGGAUCCGCUUAAACCACCCCCCUUUCCCGCUCUGCCUGGAUUGCACUCAUCAUCCUCGGUUCCCGGGCCUGCAUUUCCUCAACGAAAAAAAAAGUAGCCCAAAUUCCCACAAGCAUCGGUUCCGCGCACUUCCCACCAUGCCACGUUUCCUAGCAGGUGACAGCGGCUACGGCUCGCCCUACCUGUACAUGGGCGGCCCCGUGUCGCAGCCGCCGCGGGCGCCCCUGCAGCGCACGCCCAAGUGCGCGCGGUGCCGCAACCACGGCGUGCUCAGCUGGCUCAAGGGCCACAAGCGCUACUGCCGCUUCAAGGACUGCACCUGCGAGAAGUGCAUCCUCAUCAUCGAGCGGCAGCGGGUCAUGGCGGCGCAGGUGGCGCUGCGGCGGCAGCAGGCCAACGAGAGCCUCGAGAGCCACGUCCCCGACUCCCUGCGCGCCCUGCCCGGCGCCCCGCCGCCGCCCAAAGCAGAUGUGAGUGAGGAACGCUUGGGGGACACGAGCGGAACAGACAAUGCUGAAACCUACAGUGACAAAGACACGGACCAAAGGAGUUCCCCAGAUGCGACAAAAGCCAAAAGCUGCUUCACUCCUGAGAGCCCUGAAACAGUGUCAGUAGAUGAAGGAGGUUAUGCAGUACAGAAAAACGGUGGCAGCACAGAGAGCAGGCCAGACAGUCCCAAAUAUCACGCAGAACAGAAUCAUCUCCUGAUAGAAGGUCCAUCGGGGACAGUUUCUCUGCCUUUCAGUUUGAAGGCCAACAGACCUCCACUUGAAGUGUUAAAAAAAAUCUUCCCCAACCAAAAGCCAACUGUGCUUGAAUUAAUCUUGAAGGGCUGUGGGGGCGAUCUGGUGAGUGCUGUUGAAGUCCUUUUGUCCAGCCGAUCGUCAGUAGCCAGUGGGGACAGAACUUCUGCGGAAUCUGACGGUCUUGUUUUGCCUUCCAACGGGCACAUUUUUGAACACACACUGAGUUCGUAUCCUAUUUCCUCUUCCAAGUGGUCUGUAGGAUCAGCCUUUAGAGUUCCAGACACACUGAGAUUUUCCACUGAUUCUAGUAAUGUUGUGCCAAAUCCUUUGGCUGUACCUUUACAGCACCCUUUCCCACAACCACCCCGAUACCCACUGAUGUUGAGGAAUACUUUGGCAAGAAACCAGUCCAGUCCUUUUCUACCUAAUGAUGUCACUUUGUGGAACACCAUGACACUGCAGCAGCAGUACCAGCUGAGGUCCCAGUACGUCAGCCCUUUCUCUAGUAAUUCUACCAGUGUCUUCCGAAGUUCGCCUGUCCUUCCUUCACGCUCAUCAGAAGAUCCUAGGAUUUCAAUCCCUGAUGAUGGAUGUCCAAUUGUGUCUAAACAGCCUAUUUAUACAGAAGAUGACUAUGACGAAAGAUCUGAUUCUUCAGACUCUAGAAUACUCAAUACAUCAUCUUAGAAUGACAGUCGAUAUGUGAUAACUAAAUGAUAUUUGCAAAGCAGCUGAACUACUGGGCAUCAAGAAGAGGGAGGCGUUCCCUAUGAACUUCUUGCAAUUAAAUAAAGAAGACUUUGCUUGGUAUUGUACUUUAGCAAUAAAGACAUAACUUAUUUAAUUUCUUGCACUUCACUGGAUAAUGCCAAAUAGCUAUACUUUAGUGCUGAAUGUUCAUUACAAAGGAAGACUCUUAUGCUAAGAAUAGUUGUGGGACUAUGGAACAUCUAUAAUGGAAUCUAAAACUGAUGGUCUGCCUUGCUCCUUAACUCAGACAACUGGGAAUGUUAAAAUAGAAUACUUGAAUGCUGUUUUAUAAGAGAGGAUUCCUCAGGACACAAGAAAUCAAACAAAAGUAGUUCAGUUGCAAAUGGACUAAAACAGGGACCUUAUAUUCCUAUGACAAUAAUCAUCCGUGCAUUCAAAAAGACUUACUGCACAUGAGAUUAGUGUGAACUGCUUCUGUGCUGUUUAAGCUUGGACACUUUUUAGAGAGAAAUAAUAUUAAGAAUUAUUCUUUUCACAUGAAUAGGUCAAAACGUGUAAUGUCAGUGUAAAACCAAUUACAGCUGUGAAUUGCAUGAAAUGUAUUGUGAAAUGAACACAAGAUUAAACAUUGUCAGGUUAAUGUAGCAUGCUAAGGACUCUAGAAAAAUAAACUAAGAAGAUUAUCUUGGUUUGUCAUUCAUACUUGGGAAAAGAACCUUUCUGAAGAUAGAAGGCCAGAUACUUUGCUGGCAUAAAUGUGUCUAGCUUCAUCAAUGCCAGGGGAAGUAGGCCAUUUUGUACAUGUGGAGGAUCUCACCCGUUAUGUUGAAGCCAGUGAAUGAAUAUGACAAUGAAUAAAAAUCUAUAAAGGUGUUGUGUCUUGAA